UUAGUCCUCCACCGACGGGGCGGCGCUGUUGGCACAUUUGGUUCGUGUGUGUGUCCGAGGUGGAAGGUCGAAAGCCCGGCUGUGUUAGAGGAAUGUCACCGUUGAGAAACAAACAGCAGAAAGACAAUUAUGAAAAACAGACAUGUGGACACUAAAUACAAUUAAUGCGCAUCUACUGGGGUUGCGGAACUUCAAAAGACGGACGGGUUUAUUGCUGAGAUAUUACGCGCCGCGUGCUGCCCCGAUGCCAGCUGAAGCGUGAUGCAGCCAGAGCAGCCCGGAACGGGCUUCGCCCCGCGGAGACAACGGGCAGAUUCCUCGCCCUGGGGCACGCUGAGCACCGGCCUACUGCGGGGCCUCAUCCAGAGCGUCGGGCCCCCUUUCUUCUGCCCCCUGCUCCCCAGGGUCCAGGCAGCUGAUGUGGCUGCUGCCCAGCCUGCACAGAUGCCCUCCUCUUCCUCCUCCUCCAACAGUCCUGCACCCAUCAGCAUGCCAAGCCACAUGGGCAGACCAGAAUUCCCAGAUGCAGGAUGGGACCGUAUCAAGGACCUCUUUGACAAAGACGUGACACAGCGGCACCCAGAGGAGCUGACUAACGUGAUAAAGAGCGGUGUGGCUGCCGCUCUGGCCGGCCUGCUCUACGGAGGCCUGCCAGCGGCUCGCCAUGCCAGGCAGAGGUACAUCCAACUCAACCAGGCGGAAAUCUAUACUAGCCGCGUGGAAGCAGUGCGCUCGGCCCAUAAUGCAGCAAUCCGGGGUUUCGUGAGGUACGGGUGGAGGUGGAGCUGGAGAGUGGCUGCUUUUGUCACCUUAUUCAACUCUGUCAGCACAGGGCUGUCUGUGUACAGAGACAAGUAUACCCUCAGCCAUUACGCUGCAGCUGGAGCAGUGACUGGAGGCCUUUUCAGACUGAACCUGGGUCUGGGGGGUCUGGUGGCAGGAUCGAUCAUCGGAGCCGUGCUGGGGAUUCCUACUGGUGCGCUGAUCUUCAGCAUGCAGUCGAUUGCAGGAGAAACUGCCAGAGAGAGGAGGAGGAGAGAACGCAGGGAAGUUUUUGAGCUCAGACUCGCAGAAUGGACGGCCCGUCUGCACUUGACAGACGAGUUGAUUGGAGAUCUGAACGUCAGCUCUCAGGCAGAGGAAACCAACAAGGACAUGCGAAGGAUCCAGGAGCUGCUCAGUUUACCACAGAAUGAGGAUGUGACUCAGGACUCGCGCAGCCAAUGACGGUAGCUGCCGUGCUGCCUGUUGGACAUUGAAGGUGGGACUUCACACAACUGGGAGGAUAAAGGGGUCACGUCUUUGCCCGGACGCGCGCACACCCUUCUCUCUAACUGAAUGGAAACUGCUUCACAUCAGAAUUAAAAGACAACGUUGUGCCUCACCAGCUACUGUCCUGUGUACUUCUACAUCUAUCUUUGUGAGGACCAAUUUGAGUGUUUUGGGUUCAGUUCAGUGUAAGGGCUGGAGGUAGGCAUUCAGUUGUGAUUAAGGGUCCUCAUAGGUAUAAAUAUACAAUCGUGUGUGUGUGUGUGUGUGUGUGUGUGUGUGUGUGUGUGUGUGUGUGUGUGUGUGUGUGUGUG